CCUAUUUGAUCGAGUUUUUUGACAAGUUGACAUAACUUUUCUAACCAUGUUUUGUCAUGAUAUUUCUUGAUGAUUUUUCCUGAUUUAAUUCUUAGUACAGUUGUGCAAUAAUACUAAAAAUAUUAAUUAUUGUAAAUAGACAAAAGAUUUGAGCAGCAUGUGGAAGGGUCUCAGGUUAACACAUUCACAGUUAUCAAAGAUACAUUUCAAUGGCCAUAAGCUUCAACCUAUUGGAGUUCCAGCCUUAGAUUCUGUGUUAAAUCAGUGGUAUGAGUUCUGCAAAAAGCCGCCCAAGGGCUUCGAGAAAUACUUCCAACCAGGUACCAGCCAGAAACAACAGAAAACACCCGAUAAAGAUGGAGCUCCGACACCAUCGAAAAAUUCACCGCCUUCGCCGAAACCCAGCUCGUCUCCAGAUAAAUGGAAUAUGAAUAUGUUUUCAAAUACUACAGGAGGCGGCAGAGGUGGCGGCCGAGGCGGAUACGACGGAUCCGACAAGGAGAAAUGGAUGAUGUUUGGCGCUUUGGGGGUGAUGACAUUACUCGCUUCGUUUGCCUAUUUCGAGCUUCGAUACAGAGAAAUUAGUUGGCGAGACUUUGUGAAUUUAUAUUUAAAUAAGGGUACCGUAGAAAAAUUGGAAGUGAUCAACAAAAAAUGGGUGCGUGUGAAGUUACACCCUGGAUCAGCACUGGAAGGAAAAAUUAUUUGGUUUGCAAUCGGCAGUGUUGACUCCUUUGAAAGGAACUUAGAGAAUGCACAAGUAGAGAUGAGUAUAGACCCACCAAACUUUGUUCCUGUUAUUUAUAAAACUGAAGUUGAAGCAUCCAGUCUGACAGGAUUAUUGCCGACAUUACUUAUAAUAGGCUUUUUAAUAUACAUGAUGAGGAGAUCAGCUGAUAUGAUGGGCAGGGGAGGCCGUAAAGGUGGUGGUCUUUUCGGCGGAGUUAUGGAGUCAACCGCAAAGCUAAUCAAUCCCACCGAUAUUGGUGUUAAAUUCCAAGACGUGGCUGGAUGUGAAGAAGCUAAAAUUGAAAUUAUGGAGUUUGUCAAUUUCCUAAAAAAUCCACAGCAAUACAUCGAUCUAGGGGCAAAGAUACCAAAGGGUGCAUUACUGACUGGGCCACCGGGCACUGGUAAAACAUUGCUGGCAAAAGCAACAUCGGGAGAAGCAAACGUCCCAUUCAUUACGGUCUCUGGUUCAGAGUUCUUAGAAAUGUUUGUGGGUGUUGGUCCAUCCAGAGUUCGAGAUAUGUUUUCGAUGGCACGAAAGCAUGCUCCAUGCAUUCUUUUCAUUGAUGAAAUUGAUGCUGUUGGUAGAAAGAGAGGUGGACGCAGUCUUGGUGGGCAUUCAGAGCAGGAGAACACUUUAAAUCAGCUUUUAGUUGAAAUGGACGGAUUUAACACUACCACCAAUGUGGUGGUACUAGCUGCAACAAAUAGAGUUGAUAUCCUUGAUAAAGCUCUUCUUAGACCUGGAAGGUUUGACAGACAAAUCUUUGUACCAGCACCAGAUAUUAAGGGCAGAGCAUCUAUAUUCAAGGUCCAUUUAGCACCGUUAAAGAGCUCAUUGAAUAAAGAAAAUUUGGCUCGUAAAAUGGCUGCCUUAACACCAGGUUUCACAGGCGCCGAUAUCGCCAAUGUAUGCAAUGAGGCAGCACUGAUUGCAGCUAGAGAACUCGCAAACGACAUCACCAUGAAGAACUUUGAACAAGCUAUUGAGAGGGUAGUCGCUGGCAUGGAGAAGAAAUCCAAUGUUCUUCAACCAGAUGAAAGAAAGAUUGUUGCCUAUCAUGAAGCUGGGCAUGCUGUGGCUGGCUGGUUCCUACAACAUGCAGAUCCUCUCCUUAAAGUCUCUAUUAUACCUAGAGGAAAAGGUCUAGGAUAUGCCCAGUAUUUGCCAAAAGAACAAUAUCUUUACAGUAAGGAACAAUUGUUUGAUCGAAUGUGUAUGACUCUUGGAGGCAGGGUAAGUGAAGAAAUAUUCUUCGGCAGGAUCACAACAGGCGCACAAGAUGAUUUGAAGAAGAUAACACAAAGUGCAUACGCUCAAAUAGUGCACUAUGGCAUGAAUCCUAAGGUUGGUAAUGUCUCAUUCGAAAUGCCACAACCUGGAGAAAUGGUCAUCGAUAAACCCUAUUCAGAGAAAACGGCGGAAUUAAUAGAUUCUGAAGUAAGAGAUUUGAUUUCAAACGCACAUAAACACACAACCGAUUUGUUAACAAAACACAAAGAGAAUAUUAUCAAAGUCGCGGAGCGUUUAUUAAAACAGGAGAUUCUUAGUAGAGAUGACAUGAUAGAACUAUUAGGAGCGAGGCCUUUCCCUGAAAAGAGUACUUACGAGGAGUUUGUAGAAGGGACCGGAUCUCUUGAAGAGGAUACAACUUUGCCUGAAGGACUUAAGGAUUGGAAUAAAGAAAAACAAACACCUCCUACUGAAAGCGUACCCUCGGGGGCUAGUGCCAGUAAAAAUUAAGCUCUGUAGAUUAUUGUUUUGUAGACAGUUAUAUGUGAAAUAAAUAUUUUAAUUACCUUUAAGACUUAAAGGAAUUUUUCGUUUGCCUGUAUGUGUGUAGUUAUUUUCAGAUAGUUCUGAAGAGUGGUUCAAAUGAUGCUAGUGUUACAGGUGGCAAAGUAAAUUAGUACAUCGUUAAUAUGACUGUUUGAAUGUAUUUUAUUUAUUAACAAAAGGCUGUUCAUGUAUUUAAAUCUGUAAUAUAGCCGCUUGUAUGUUACAUAAUUAUAUGCUUUUUGUAAAAUGAAUAAAUUCC